AAAUAACAGGCACGUUAGUAGGAAAUCGGAGCUAUCGGAGCUUUACCCUGACACAAUCAAUCUUUUUAUUAUUCCCGAACGGAGAGUUGAUUAUGGCUUAUAGAGAAGCGUAUCAAAUAGAGAAUUGCAACAUCGUGGCAUUAUACAGAAAAAGUGGAAAACCUAUCAACGAAUUAAAAGCAAUAGACGGCGUCAAAGAUGUGUACACAGAAAAGGAUACGACAUCAGUACACUGCUUGCUUGUGGUCACGGCAGAAAGCAAAGAAGUUUGUGAACAAGUAAUCAGUGCAGCUAAACGAACAAUAUCUUCGUAUAAUACAUCGCUUAACAAAAUUUUCAUUGAAAGUACUCAGAAAAACUAUCCGAGUAUAAUCCAACUGAAGGAAGUUGACAAUGAAGAAAUCAUAGAUAUGUCAAGCAAAAGCCUUAAGCCUCUUUUUUGUGUGAAGAAAAUUGGGUUUGACUCUCCAAUUGUUGAUAAAAAUGGCGCAGGUAGAGAGAAGCAGCUUUUGCCGACGGAAAACUCAAGAUAUUCUGAGUUGAAUCACGAAGAAACUCUGAAGGCAAAAGUUAGGAAUCGACUUGAAGAAGUUGAGCUCGACGAAUCGUGGUUCGAAUUUGAAAUUGGAAGACUAGUUUUCAGUGCUGUUGACGACAUAACAACUGCAGCACCUUGGAUUGAUCGGGAAAAGUUGAAGCAAUUCGGCGAAAACUAUUUAAGAAGCAUGAAUCUGACUCAUCGUUUUCGUUACAACCUAAAUUUAUGUCAUUUUGACGCCAUGAAGAGUAAAUUGUCUAAAAUUGGAUUCGAGUUGCUGAAUCCAAAAAGCCCCGAAAGUUUUACAGCGACGCUCAUGGUCUAUAAUUAUUUUAAAGGAGGUGAGUAUCUGCGCGAACAGUUUACAGUUGAACUUAUUCUAGAUGAAAAUGAUUUGGACGAUCCACGAAUGACUUCCGAAAAACGAAACGAGGUUCGGAAAUUGCUAACAGCAAAAAAAGUUGGAGACAUUUUCGAAAACACGGACAGAUCGAAACUGAUUAUAGAGUACUUAAAGUUGAAACACUUACUUGACCCAGAAAAUAAUCUGCAUAUAGGUGCUGAAAACGCCUAUGACUUGUUGGAAGAUGUUAUGCAUGGAAUCAUACAUGAGCAAAAUGAAAUGUCAACACCAAUCUUGACAAGCCCUCCAGAAAAGGGGGAUGAAUAUCUGAAAAAAGACCGUCCCCGUGUUUUUAGGGUGAAAACGAGUCCUCAAGUUAAGCUAUUAUUCUCAACACUUAGCGACCGCGUGUUGGACGUUUCGAUACUUUUGAAGUGGCUCGACAAGAACGAACUCGGUCUAGAGACGGAAAUCAGGGAAACUAUUAACAGAAGAUGUGACAGUAUUGAAACGAUUAAGAUGCCAAGGGGUUACUUGACCCGCUGUCAAGGAGAGAAGAUUUAUUCUGACUCGUACCAUUACGCAAAGCUUGUCAAAAUAUCAGGCGUUUCUUUGAUUUUGAAGGCCAAUUUAUUCAAAGUGAGAAACGUCAAGUCUGCAAGCAAACAGAUGGAUGUUGAAUCGUUUCAACUAACUUUCAAAAUAGAAGAUCCUUUGAAUGUCGAUCGAGUGUUUCAGAGUGACGAAAUAUCCGAAGCUUUCCGAGAAAUUCACAAGAUGAUUAACUUCGCUUAAGUAUAUUACGAGUCGACGCAUCUCACCAAAAUAGGAUUUAGUACCCUGGUCAUCAAACUGGUUUACACAUUAUUCUUUCUAGCUAUUUUUGUAAAAUAUAUGAAUACAACUCAUACGUUACACUUUUGUGGAACUCAUCUCAAUUAUUCCAUUUGAUUUUUAAAUUAAAGAUCAACAAUUAUUAUUUAUAAAGAUUGAAG